GAGGUAUAUAAAUUUAUCACCACGGCGCCAAACACAGCAAAAUCAAAUUCCUCCAACAGCGAGGGAGACUACCAACUUGUACAACAUGAAGUAUUAUAUUCACCUACCAACCAGUAUGAAGUGCUGGAAUUCCUUGGCAGGGGCACCUUUGGUCAGGUGGUUAAGUGCUGGAAGAAAGGGACCAAUGAGAUUGUUGCCAUCAAGAUAUUAAAAAAUCAUCCUUCGUAUGCACGGCAAGGUCAAAUUGAAGUCAGCAUUCUUCACAGAUUAAGUCAAGAAAAUGCUGACGAGGUAUAACAAUUUUAAGUGUUCACUUUAUUGGAGCUGAACUUCUAAUUUUAAAAUCCAAAUACCAUCUUUCGUGCUUUAUUUAUUUAUUUUUAAUUGAACAUGAACAUUUGAGAUUGAUAUUAUAAAAUGAAAUUGGAAAAUAAUUUACAAAUCAUUACCUUAAAAAGCAUAGUUUUCCCUAAAGG